AGCUUCCCUAAACUUCCAGAGCUCGAGCUGAAAGGGACCCCAAAGGGUCAUCCAUCCCAACCCACCGCUAGGCAGCCAUCUCCGCUCUUCCAUCCCAGACCAAUGGACAGGAUGCAUUGCAGGGGGUUGGGCUGGAUGACCCUCAGGGUCCCAAUCCAGUUCUAUGCUUCUACGUUUGGACUUGCCGGGGGCAGGACUAGGCGACCCUCGGCUAGGAUUCUGCGUCCCUGUUUCUCUGCAGUGCUGCUCUGGCUGGCCAAAGUUGCCGCCAGCUCCCCUUUCCUGCUCCCCGCUCCCGAAAACACGUCCGACCGUGGGCUGCCUGCUCCGGGGAGAACGAAUUCGUCGGGGGACGUCCUGCAGUGGCACGCGGGAUUCCCAGAUCCCCUGGAAGACCUUGAGCCUCCUGCCCAGCCGGUCAUCCGCAGAGAGCCUUCUCCGCAAAAGCCCGGCAUCCGCUUGUCCUGCCGGGUGCCGAGUGGCGCAGUGGAGGCCAUCGAAUGGAAAAGGGACGGGAAACCGCUCUCUGGGGGCCAAAGGGAUGACGUUCUUCUUCUCCUCCUCUCUGGGGUGGAGACGUCCCACUGCGGCUCGUACUCCUGCAACGCCAGCAACCGCCGGGGCUGGAAAGAGUCACCACAGCUGGACGUGACGCCGGGGAUCUCCAUGAUGCUGGGGGUGUCCUUCCAGCUCUCCGCCUCAGCCCUGGUGAGUGCUGCUUUCUCCGGAUGGGGCAUCCUCUUGCCAUUGUGUCAGCCCCAUAAACUCCAGAUCCGAGGGAAGGCCUGGAAGUGGCUCAGCAUCUAUGUCAAUGGACUGACAGGCUUGGCUUCGGCCCUUGCCUUCGUGGCCCUGAUCCUGUGGAGCUAUGAUCAAGGACUCUCAGCCGCCCUCAUCCUGCCUCUGUUCCUCCUCAUCUACAUCGCGAUGGUCACCCUGCUGGUCGUGGGCACCGUUGCCUUCAAGAUGGACAUGAUCCAACAGAUCACCGACCCGGCAGCUCAGCGGCUGGUGGACUUCAGCACCCCGACGGGGGUGAUCUUGGUCGCUGUGACGUGCAGCCUCCUCAUCCGGCAGGUGGUGAAGUUGGAAGAGCAAGGAUGCGCUGCGCCAGUGGACCUGAUGCCUGUUGUCGCAGGAACUGCUGGGAUGUACUUCCUCCCCUUUGCAACAAUUGUUGCCGUCCAUUGCGCCGAUAUGAAGAGGAGGACGGACGAGGACCGAACCUCCAGAAGGGAAAACUGGAAGAAGGCCAUCCAGAACGGGACCUUCCAGCUCCUCUGAACCGAAUUCCUGCAUCUCGCCAGAUCUCUCCAUGCCCUCUGCAAACCGAACUCAGAGUGCCAAUAAAAAUAUUCUAUGAUUCA